AUGCUCAGCCAUCUGAGCGGAAUCGCCAGUGACAUGACUCUCAGCAUCGUAGAACCGGCACCUGGACUCAAGGAAGAGACGGGUCUGCCACAACUGGCCAACGCUCAACAGUCUCUCAAUUGUAGCGGAGUGCCCUAUACAUCAGGUUGUUCUUGGGAUGAAUUCUUCCAAAACUUCGGCAAACGACCUCCUAUUUUCGGGGCCUUCACAAGCCCAGCAUACUCGAACAUCGGGUAUGCCUUGCUCGGCAAGGUGAUUGAAAAUGUGACUGGAAAACCAUAUGCACAAUAUCUCCAGGAUGCUAUCUUCAAGCCUACCAACAUGAGUCGCUCAAGUGUUGGCGCUCCCUCGAACACGUCAGCCGCAUUUAUCCCGGCAGGCACAAGCUGGUAUGGGGCAAAUCUCGGAUACGAAAGAAGCACGGGAGGCGUUUACUCCACGAACAACGACCUUCUGCGCUUCGGCAAAGCUAUCCUGUCGUCUCAUCUCUUGUCACCAGCCAAAACGCGAGCAUGGAUGAAACCACGCAGCUUCACAUCAUCGACCGGCGUGUUCGUCGGUGAGGCUUGGGAGAUCGUGCGUGGCAAAAAUCUGACUUCUGACGGCCACGUCAUCGACAUCUACACCAAAACUGGAAAUUUGUAUGAUUACACAAACAUUUUGGUCCUCAUUCCGGACUACGACCUGGUACUUGCCAUGAACCUGGCAGGCGCUCAGAGCUCGAUCUCGGAGAUCCAAGUCCUCUUAUCUGCGUUGAUAACACAAGUGUUGCCCGUCGUGGAUGAAAUCGGUAAGACGACCGCUGCGAAAAAGUACACUGGAACAUUCACAUCGGGGAACGACUCCAGCAUCACACUCUCCGUGGACGACUAUGGCUUGUUGGUGACCAAUUUCAUCGCCAACGGUGUCAAUGUCAGCUCCGGAUACAGCGCUCUCCAAGGUGCAGAUGUGAACACGACCAUUCGCUUGUACCCCACCGAUCUCUCCUCCGGGAACAGAACAUCCUGGAGAGCGAUAUAUCAGACCUCUUCGGCAGAGGAGCUCGCCAGCUUCAGCAGCGAGCUUUUUUUCCCUGAUGGAAGCUGCCAGUCUUGGGCCACGAUAUCCUUGCCCACCUAUGGUAUGCAGUCGCUGGACCACUUCAUCUUCGAGCAGGACAAGAGUGGUGACUUGCAAAGCGUGGAAGCCAAAGCCUGGGAGAUUGUCUAUCGGAGAAAGAAGUGA